CAAGGGCCCAGCCCUGCCUGGUCCUCAGUCUCCAGGUGCCAGCGCAGACCAGCGCACCAGGAGCCACUUGGUUUCAGCUCACGAUGCGGUCUGUAAUAUGGUUCAUUUUUUGGCCUACGUUUGUCUCGUUUAUCUUUGCCUAUGUGUUUUAUGCUCUGAGAGAUGAAGCCGAAGAACUUCUGGGGAUGGUGCCCAGCGGAAGGCACUUCCGGAUUCGGCAGAAUCAACCAGAGCAUGCCCCAGGCUGGUUUGGGAGCAAGUCACACUGGCUUUUACUCUUCCUCAUGUUGUUGGUGAUCCUGAAGUUUCUAGGAGGCAGUGACAAGAGUAACGUGUGCACUCCUCGUGUCCAUCGGGGCUGUUCAUUUGGCUCUCCAGGAAGAAAGAAGAUAAAGACUUCCCCCGACAAAGACUAUGUGCGGUGCCUUAACCGAGGUCGAGAAGGAACUUGUGAACCUUGCGUCCAGGGUGCAGAAUCUGAAAUUCAAUGAGGCAACCGGUGAGAAACGCCAGCGUCCCAAUAUCGAGGUUUCUGCUGACGCACAGAAUAACGUUACAUUAUAUGAACACCGGAGACUCCGAUGGAGUGGAUUUACACAUCGAAGAAGAGGAGUAGUUGAGUGUUGACAAAAUAUAUCCAAACUAAUAAAAGUAUUUUGAAGCAAAAG